CCUACGCUGUCACGCAGCUAAAUGCUGGCAGCCCUUGUUCUCAUAUUUGUGCCAUUAAAGCACCAGUUGGACACUGGGAAGCUGCUUUAACAGUCCUCUGAGGAAAGGAGCUGAUGUCCUCCUCACUGUUUACGAGAAGUGGGCGACCGGAGUGAAAUGGCAACUAUCAUGUGAGGAAACUUGAAACCUGCGGUGCAAACGCACUGAAGACAUAAAGUCCUGACAGUUACAGCUUUGAAAUGUUAUCUGUGCAUGUUGUGUUUAGUUAGUUCAGAUAAGAGCUUAAGCAGAGAUUGUCUGUAUAUCUUUUUGGCAUCUAAAUAGUUGCAGGUGCUGCACAAAUGAAAGAAAAAGGCGAACUAAACGUUUGCACGCAUAAAAGAAAAGAGGAACCGUUUUGGUGGUAAAGAAGAAAAAUAUUAUAAGUAAUCUGAAUGCGUCUUGUGAAUGCUUGAGGGAAAUAAGUCAGCUAAGCAUUAAAGAAGAGGAGAGAAGUGGAACACGCAGCUUUGAACCAGUUCUACAUCCUCCACAUUCACUCAUCGGACACCGUGGCCGCCAGCGGACUGCUUCUCUCUCCCCUCUUCCUGCUUCGUGAACAGAACCGUGUGAAGGAAAUCCACCCAGCACGGAGCGAACAGCUGGGCUAAACCGGGAACCCGCGGGAUCCACUGGGACGUAGUGGAUCCGCGUCAACUGGCCCCAGUACACGGAGCUCCGGAGCCGCUGCUUUCUCCCGCCAGUCACGACCCUCCUCUGCAUCCGCCUAUGGACGGCGGCGCCUCGGCGUGCAGAUAAACACUGACUCCAAGUGACGACCGGCCAUGACAACCCAGCGGUCGACUUGGAUCCUGAAGGUGCAGUGUCAGGAAGGUGAACAUUUUGUUCCAGAUGAGGAGAGAAGGAAGCACUGGGCUGAGCUGUUUGAACAGCUGGACCUCAACAAAGACGGACGCAUUGACAUGCUGGAGCUGGAGGCGGGGCUGGCACACAGAGGGCUCUCCAACGGCUGCCUAAAGAAGAUUGUAGAGACUGGGGACACCAACCAAGACGGAGUCCUGGACUUCGAGGAGUUUGUCGAGUACCUUCACAACCAUGAGAAGCAGCUUAAAGUCAUGUUUCACCAUGUGGACAGAAACAAAGACGGUCGGAUUGAUGUGGAAGACAUUCAGGACUGUCUGCACACCAUCGGUGUGAAUGUUAGCCCUGAAGAUGCCACUAGGAUUAUGCUAAGCAUGGACAGGGACGGCACCAUGACGAUUAACUGGAGUGAGUGGCGCGACUACUUCCUGUUCAAACACCUGAGCGACAUGGAGGAUGUGGCUCGGUUCUGGAAGCGUUCAAUGAUAUUGGACACAGGCGAGCAGCUGACGGUCCCAGAGGAGUUUUCGGAAGCGCAGAAGAAAUCUGGCUACAUGUGGCGGCAGCUGAUGGCGGGAGUCAUGGCCGGAUCUGUGUCCCGAACCGGAACCGCUCCACUGGACCGCCUCAAAGUCUUCAGACAAGUACACGGCUCCUCUGAUUUUAGAGGCAGCGCUCUAAGCGGGUUUAAGUACAUGCUGAACGAGGGAGGACCAUGGUCUCUGUGGAGAGGCAACGGAGUCAAUGUUCUGAAAAUCGCUCCUGAGACUGCCAUCAAAUUCUCCGCUUAUGAACAGAUCAAAACUGUGAUGCGCGGUCAUGAUGAAACAAGAACUCUGAGGCUUCAUGAGAGGUUCGUCGCCGGCUCUUUGGCUGGAGCAAUAGCUCAGACAAUCAUUUACCCGAUGGAGGUGCUGAAGACGCGGCUCAAUCUCAGAAAAACGGGUCAGUUCACAGGAAUAGCAGACUGCGCCAAACAGAUCCUGCAGCGGGAAGGCGCCGCGGCCUUCUACAAGGGCUACGUCCCCAACAUGCUGAGCAUCGUCCCUUAUGCUGGUAUUGACCUGGCCGUGUAUGAGACGCUCAAGCUUUCAUGGCUGAACCGGAACACGGGCUUGUCUGACCCGGGAGUGAUGGUGCUGUUGGGAUGCGGCGCAGUCUCCAGUACAUGCGGGAUGCUUGCGAGUUACCCGCUGGCACUGGUCCGCACACGCAUGCAAGCACAAGCUUCAGUGAAAGGAUCCCCUAAACUUUCAAUGCUGUCGUUGCUCCGCAACAUUGUCACGCAAGAGGGCAUCGCCGGACUUUACCGAGGAAUCUCCCCCAACCUGCUAAAGAUCGUCCCGGCCGUGAGCGUGUCCUACGUCGUCUAUGAGUAUAUGAGAAUAAUGCUGGGAGUGGACAUCGAGGGUGGGGAAUAGAGAAGAUGUUUGGCUGUGGGAGGAACUUGCACAGACUCAGGAUAGUUGCUGAUGAGUCUUAAACAAAUAUUACCAAUACCAAAGCACAAUGACAGCCUCACGGAAAGCAGCCGGUUGCUAUCAUUAUCACAUCUUUGAGUGAAAGGAUAGUGGUGAGAAGAGGAAAAGACGCACACAGAACUGCCUUUAUGGACUGAAGCCGGACAAAGACGCACAAAGGGUCAAGGUGACCUCACCUGCCAUAACAUUACAUCGGUCUAUGCAGUAAAAUGUGGAUUGGGUGAUACCCUUCAGAGACUUGACAUGGUCCACUGGCACAGCGUGUUUCCUAAAAGGUUCUGUUUGUAAAACAAGAAGUUAUAUUUAAUGUUGUUU